AUGUUAUUGAGGUCGAUUGCAAUAGCAGUAACUGGGUUUACGAUUGGUGCAAGAGCAUUUGAUAUAACAGACUUAUACUUUUGGCAACCUGAUAGUUCAACUGCACUCCCUACUGAUUCUGCUUCGCUUUCAGCCUUCCUAGCAACAUAUUCUGUUACUGCGACUGGGGUUAAUUUGUAUGCUCCGUAUCACACCACAUGUCCUGAGAGUGGAGUGCGUGAAGCUGUUGAAAUCAAUGAUGAUGAAAAGGAGUACGUUGCCAGCAGACACGAGAAGACCAAUGAAAGCUUGAAGUCGUUCUUGGAACGGGCAAACAUGUCUAAUUUCGACCCCAAAUCUUUCAUUGACGAUAACUCAAAGGACCAUAAUAUCUCCAUAGGGAUUGCCUUCAGUGGUGGUGGGUACAGAGCCAUGUUGAAUGGGGCCGGGCAGAUGCUUGGUUUGGACGGUCGUUAUGAAGAGGCCAACGAUAAAGGAUUGGGGGGGUUAUUACAAAGUUCAACGUACUUGGCAGGUCUUUCUGGUGGGAACUGGCUUGUUGGUUCAGUGGUAUUGAAUAAUUUCAUUUCAAUUAACGAUAUUUUAAAUGGUACUAUUGAUAUUUGGGACUUGACAGAUUCAAUCUUCUACCCUACUACAGUCAACUUGUAUAAGGCUGUAAAAUACUAUUAUCUGAUUACCAGUGCCAUUGACGCUAAAAAAGAUGCAGGUUUCGAUACUUCAAUCACAGAUAUUUGGGGUAGAGCUUUGUCGUAUCAAUUCUUUGAUGAUGGCAGUAGUGGACUCAAUCUAACUUGGUCAAAAAUUACCGGUUUGAGUAGUUUUAUGGACUUUGAAAUGCCUUUUCCUAUUGUGGUUGCUGACGGUAGAACUCCUGGUGAAUUUAUUAUUAAUCAAAAUUCUACUGUGUUUGAAAUCAGCCCUUACGAAUUGGGUUCAUGGGACCCAAGUUUGAAAGCUUUCACUCCCACAAAGUAUUUGGGUUCCUCCUAUAAUAAUGGGUCGCCCAACGGUAGUUGUUAUGCUAACUUUGAUAAUGGUGGGUUUAUCAUGGGCACAUCUUCAUCUCUUUUCAAUCAAAUUAUUCUUCAAAUUAAUGGCUAUGAUGUUCCUUCAAUCAUCAAGAGCUUGGUUGAAAAAUUGCUUAGUAUUGUGAGUACUGCAGAGGAUGAUAUUGCGGCAUAUGAACCCAAUCCAUUUCUUCAUUCUGAGUUCGGAGCCUCGGAAAGAAUCGUUACCAAUGAUACGCUUUAUUUGGUUGAUGGUGGUGAAGAUGGUCAGAACGUCCCUCUUUAUCCAUUGAUUCAAACAUCUAGAAAGCUUGACAUUAUUUUUGCCUUUGAUAACUCGGCUGAUACUAGUGAAAACUGGGCUAAUGGUACUUCCCUUGUGAAAACUUAUCAACGUCAAUAUUAUCCACAGGGUAAGGGUACUCCAUUCCCCUAUGUUCCAAGUGUGGAUGAAUUCUGGAAUCAAGGCUUGAACGAGAGACCGGUGUUCUUUGGAUGUGAUGCUAAAAACUUGACUACUUUAGUGGAAUAUCACAACAGCACUGUCAAUGAAACCGAUAUCCCACUUUUGGUUUGGUUUUCGAAUCACAGAAUCAGUCAAAACUCCAAUACGUCUACUUUCAAGAUGUCCUACGAAAACGACGAACGUGACGCAUUGAUUCAGAACGGGUUUGAGGUUGCAUCUCGAGCCAAUCUUACCGAAGAUUCGGAAUGGCUCACUUGUGUUGGUUGUGCGAUCAUUAGACGUCAACAGGAGAGAACAGGAGAGGCACAAACCGAAGAAUGUCAAAAGUGCUUUGCUAAAUACUGUUGGCAGGGAGACGCUAAAGAUGCCGCAGCCUCGAGUGUUACAUUGGCUGCAGUUACUUCUGCUGCAAGCUCAUCAGCUCUGCGUCUGGGAUCUUCCUCAUCUUCAUCUUCAAAGAAGAAUUCUGCUGAUUUUAUCUCCUCUAAAUCACUGUUAUUCUACCUUGUCAAUGCAGUACUUUUAUUGGUUAUUUAA